CAGCAGCAGCAGCAGCAAAAGCUCCAGAGGAAGGCGAGAGAAGUCCAGAGAAAAGCUGUGUUAUGAGAAGCGUAUCGGCGGCGGAGGCAUUGAAAUCCUUGCUUUAAAAGAAGACACACCGCGUCUGGAAGUGGUAUUGACGCGUCUGAUCAGGAAGAGACACACAGAUAGACCAAGAGGAGCUUAUUGGAAGGCUGGAGAUGGCUGGACCUCGGUUUAUUUCCAACAGAACAUCCCAACAUGCUUUAUUGUCUAACUCUGAUUACACUUGGGAGUAUGAAUAUUAUGAAUAUGAGCCAGUUUCCUUUGAAGAUCUCAAGGCUCAUAAGUAUUCCAUUGUGAUUGGAUUUUGGGUUGGCCUUGCCGUCUUUGUCAUUUUCAUGUUUUUUGUACUGACCCUCUUAACAAAGACAGGAGCACCACACCAAGAGAAUACAGACUCUGCUGAGAAAAGGUUUUGCAUGAACAACUUUGUGGCUGAUUUUGGGCGACCGCUGGAUUCUGACAGGAUUUUUUCUCAGCAAGCUGCUGAAGAAUCCAGGUUGCUCUUCAAUUGCUACAUUAAUGAGUUUGAGAAGGUGGACAAAGCAAAACCAUGCCAUAAAGUGCCAGUUACAGACAGUAACAUCCACUUCCAGGAAGUAAUUCAUAAUAGGGUGAGACUGGAAGAGGAGCUGCAUUGCCACACCAAGUUCAACAUCCCCAACUUUGUGAACACUGACCAGAAUUCCUCUCUGGAAGAUGACUUGCUGAUUUCUGAGCCACCUAUAAUUUUAGAGAGCAAACCAGUUAGUCAUUGUUCCCAUCAAAUUCUUGACUGAAGAAACAUGAAUCUUGAAACUUGAAAAUCAGUCAGUCAAUCCACCACUGACCAAGCUACCCACCUACUCUUUUUAAAGCUGGGAUUCCUUCUGUUAUCGUAUCAUACCAUCUGGGAUCUAUAUUAAUAG